CACAUCACGCCAGCGGCCAGCAGAGUACCCGAUGCCCCCACUAGGGAGGAAAAACAACGCACUCCAACUCCAGUGAGCAGCGAGCCAUUUGAUGCGAGAUAACUACGCGAGGCUCCUCCUCCUCCUGCUCCCCGGUCUCUCUCGCUGUCCACCUCCGAUCCCCUCCCCUCCUCCGCCCAUUCCCCUUGUUCUCGUGAUCACCUCCGGCCCCGAGGUCCGGCGAGAGGGACGCGCGGCGCGGCGCAGCUCGCGGGAGGUUCUUGCUGCGGAGCUCGUCCAUUUGCGAGCCCGCCGCCCUCCGGGUCAGAGGGGUAGCUCGCCGCCGGCGUGAGGGGGCCGUCUUCCGCGUCCGCGUCCGUGCGUUGGGGGUGAAGACAGGGACACAAGUGGGCGGGCUGCUUCGCCGCUGUUGCUUGUUGGUGGCGGUAGCCUCUGGAACACUCCCGCUGCAACAGGCAGGCCCAUCAAUUUAUAUAUUUGGAAAUACAAAUAGCCAAAGUAGGCGUGGUCAGCAUGCAGUCAUAUUGGCCACCGUUCAUCCCUAACGCCGCCAUGGAGAAGCCGGAGAUGCAUUCCUUGUACAGCGAUUAUGCACAUAUAUUUGACAUGUCAGCAGAGAAUGCAAGACUGGGCUGCUACAUCGCUCCCAAGAUUGGGCACCUGCCUGUCUUGUUGAAACGCUAUGUCCUCCUUACUGGAAGCGCAAUUUUGACCAUUAUCAUCCGCUACAGAGCUCUGCUGGAUAGAUGGAUACUGCAAAAAUGCGCAAUCUCCCACUCCCAGGGUGCACCUGUUCAGUCCACCAUGAUGUUGCGAUCCUGUUGGCAAUGUAGAUCCUUGCCUUUGUUUCUUGGCAUUGGUGUUCUGAUGGCAAGGCUCUGUAGCUACAUAACCAUUCAGAGUCAUAACAAUAAUCGGCAAGUCAUCCGCGGCAUUGAAGCUAACCUUGAGGGCGAUUCGAUCAUUAAGAGUAACGAGUUGUGCAAUCAGCAGUCCGUCCUGCCAAGUUUGCUUGGCAGCAAGCACGAGUAUCUCCGUUUGCUGCUUCAUUUUAUUUGUAGCACCGCCAUUUUUAAGGGGCAUACAGCGCCAAAGGUGGUCAGCUUCAAGGGGAGGAGCAUACAGAAGAACUAUGAUAUCAGUGCACUUUGGAGUAUCGUUGCAAAAAAUGGACAAUAUCUUACUUUUAUUGGAGCAUUGGUGACUCUGCAGAUAUUUCUACAGAUGAACAGAGUGAACACUACCACUUCACUCCUGCCAAUGCUGAUUCAGGCAACAAGUUCCAGGAGCAAAGCUGCGGUUUUCAGCAAGAUGGUGAUAAUUCUGGUGAACUCAUGCGGCAUUCUUGGAUCCGCCUUCACGACAAAAAAUCACGGUCGUGCGGCAACGCUAACCGUCAGCAUUGUUCUAAUGGUAUUUUGCCAGAUGGCGAUUCCAUUGAUUGUUGAGUUCCACAUCGGGUUCGGCGGCGGAAGCCGAAUGCUGAGAGGGUACACCGCUGCCAUGUUCUUGCUCACCUGCGUCGUCUCCUGCGGCCUCAGUUGGUCAUGGGGCUCCAUGUUCUGGACCUUUCCCGGCAAGAAGGUCCACUCGGCCGGUCAGCUGUUGGGCAUGGCUCUGAAUUUGGCCCUCUGCUACGGCCAGAUGCAGUUCUUCCUGAUGAUGCUGUGGCGGCUGAAGAACGCCAUCCUUGCCUACUAUGCCAUGUGGAUUUGGUCGUGAUUAAAUUAGGGUCUGCACAUAAACCACGGCUAGACGAUAGCGCCGUGGAGUAGUUCAGUGGAUCUGAAUCUGUGAUGCUAUCCCUUUUCUUGGACAUAUUUUUGUAUAUAUAUUUUCUUUUUUGUAAGUACCUCUCUGAAUAGUUCUCCUGUAAGCUUGCAGGGGUCCUAUCUGUAGUAGAUCGCACUGUCUAUAUGUGUACAUAGAAGCAUAAGCGCGCUUCGCUGCUCUGA